CAGGCUGUUUCUUGUGUUAUUUACGGGACUAUGGAGGUUUCCACCGUGCCUUGCACGCUCUGCAGGAAGCGGCGGGUCAAAUGCGAUAAACGACUACCAGGCUGUGCGCGGUGUGAAAAAUCAUCCCGGUCAUGUCCUGGCUAUAAUCAUCUUCGAAAGUUUCUCGAUGAGAGCCAGAACCUUCGAAAAAAGUUCUCUUCUGCCGAUGCCAGCCCGCAGGGAAGCGGCCCCAUAAAGGUACACCCGGCAGCUCAGGCUUCAUCUUCGGUGUCGUCACUCUCAGGCUCACUUGGCUCGGCUCCAUUACCCUCGGCAAUCUCAAGCAACACUGAGUUUACUCGCAUCCAGUCUCAGCCUGAAACACCACCAGCUCAACCUCGAAUCCAAACAGGAGCCCAGGUCGAGGCCCAAGCUAAGGCUCAAGACAAUGAUUUGCAUGACAUUGGCCUGGGGAGGCCUAGCCAUGACGGCUUAUCUGCUAAUCAAGGGACAUCUGAUGCACCCUUCAUCCUGACUGACAGCUUUUCCGAUGAAGACUUCGACGCUAGAUUUUUCGAUAUUGACCCCAACGAAUACUUUGCGGAGGGAAAUAACUGCUGUGGAUUUAUUCCUUCCGUCUCUUUGAUAAGUGAUGCCAGUGGUUUGCAAGGACCCUCUCUUUCUUGGAUUAGCGACGUCAAUCUAGAAGGAUAUGCAGCGUCCGGAUACGAUCCAGAGGCAGAUAAAUCACAAACAUCAGACAAGUUGGAGACCGAAGCAUCGUCGCCAAUGCCUGAUUCAUCCAGUGAAGCCGAUCAAGAGACCGCAUAUCUGAUAAGAUAUUUUGCGGAACGCAUUAGCCCGUGUCUGGACGUGUUUGAUAUUGAGCGAUUCUUUGGACACAUUGUUCCUAUCAAGGCAAUUCGAAGCCCGCUUCUACAAAAUGCUCUGGCCGCCAUUGCUGCGAAACAAUUUGGGAAGACGAAGCGAGAGACAUACAUGACGAGUCAUCAGUCACCGGGGCGAUCUACGCUGGAGCUGUACUCUAAUGCGGCCCAUAUCGAUUGGUUCUAUAAGGCUGCGAGUUUUUAUGACAAAGCUAUAGGCCAUAUGAUGAGGCUGCUCCAAACAUUACGUGACGGCAGUCCAGCUUCAUCACCCGGAUCUACAUCAUCUAUUGAUGCCGGUCUGGGCUUGCAUUCAGCAGUAUCUCCUUCGUUCAAGAGGCGGCGAGUGGAAAGCAGCCAAGGCUCUCACACUAUCGUGGAUGAUCUCCUCGCGGCAAUAUCUGUAUUUCUGCUCUAUGAAUCUCUUGAUAAUCGCUUUGCAGAAGUCUCUAGGCAUAUGUCUGGUGCACAGUAUCUGCUCACUUUCAAUCUCAAGCAGCUAUUUGAAAGUACGGAAAUCAAUCGUCGCAACGGAACAUACGGACUACAUGCUCGAAGAGCAUGGCAAGCAUCUUUUUGGAACAUUGUGUGUAUCGAUUGGAUUACUUCUUACACUGAGCAGACAGCACCACGUCUCGAUGUGGAGAAUUCUGAGUUGUGGAAAGCCGCAGGUCUACCAAUGUGUGUUGUUGAUGGAGUCACUAUGCCAAAUGCGCUCUGCAACAAUGGAGAUUCGGGCUUUCAGAUGCAGAUGACAGAGACGUUGGCUUGCAGAAGUUUGAUCUGGAUAAUCCUGAAGACACUGACGCUCAUUGCAGCUGAAAACAGUGGCAAUAAGACGGCAAUCAACGGCUUACGAGAAAACCAUAGCGCCUGUCAGAACUCAUCUAAUGAAUCUCAUCGUUGGGAUGAUGUAUCCCAGCAUCUCGAAAACUGGUGUGCAGCACUGCCGGAUACAUUUGAGCCUUGCGCGAGAAUAGCACAGCGGUAUAACAAUAUACCCACACCUUCAGACAACAUGGCAUCCAGGUCGGAGUUUCAAAGCGCGUUUCAAGAAUUGUUUUAUGCCAACGCCAUGUGUGCAACGGCCGCAGUUUUAUAUCACUUUGUUCAACUUCUUCUCUUGCUUCACAAACCUCUAAAUCAAAAGCCUACAGAGUCACAUCUCGAGUUUGUAACUAAACGACUUCAUGCUUAUCGUCAGCUAUCGGCCCAAAUCGAAGGGCACGCUAAUGAGAUAUGCGCAAUAUCCCUGGGGCGGCCGGAUGACCCUGUUCGACAGCAUAUGGUACAGCCUUUAUAUCUGGCUGGACUUUGCUUCGAGACACACGAGCAGAGGACAGCACUAGCUCAGCUCCUCGCCACUAUACAAAGAGAAACUGGGUACUCAACAGCAGAAAGAGUUGCGAAGCUACAACAGCACUGGGGAUGGGAUAGUACUCCCCCAGCACUCGAUGUGUCAUAAACUAGGCAUAUGUGUUUUGUAAGAUAGGAUUUAUAAACGACAUAUGAAAGCGUACGAACAUGCGUAAAAUGCAUGGUUAUCACCUAUAAAAAAUCAAAUAAAUGGUGGAUAUAUAAAAUAUUUUAUUGAAAUUAGGGCCUUUUUUCUUCACAAAUACGCAUAUUCUUACAGUGUCGGUGUUUGUAUGCCGAAAUAUGGAGACACUAAGAACUGUCUUGGACAGCUUGAGGCCCCAAAGCUCAUCGCCAGAUUUGAUGGUGCGAGUGCCGAGGCCUUUCCGAAAAUGGUAAUCCUCAGCGACCCGUGGCUCUCGGUACGGAUCUCAAGAGCUCCACCUGAAGAAGACUCAUAAUGAUGCUCUUGAGCACUUGGCAUAAAAGGAUGCGAAGAAGAGUUUUGCUUCAGAUGAGUUAUAAUUAGAAAUAUAUUAAUUAGCAUUUAAUGUCUAUAACUUCGACUUAUUCCUCUACCUGCUGUUAAUAUACGAUACUUG